GAUUCAGUAGAGGAAAAGUGUUGCUCGAGGCAGCACAGGCGCAAAGACUGGAGCCAUGCGGGUGUACUAUGAAGAUUCAUAUCGCUUUGGCUAUCAUCAUCGCCAUCAUCGUCCAAAUAUCGAGAUUGAUGUUAUCUCCGGCUGGGGUGGCGCAUAUUAUCCGGCGCCGAUUGCUAGGCCCGAAGUCGUCGUAGUCAAUCAGGCGCCCGCCUACAUGCCCCCACCACCGCCAGCACCAGUUGCUGCUCCGAUGAUGAUGCCACAGCCUUACGGCGGCAUGUCCGUGGCCACGACGGGCUACUACCAGCAGCAGCAGCAGAUGCAGCAGCAGAGCUAUCAAUACCAACAGCCAUAUUCCCACACCAAUAAUCCACCCUAUCCUCAGUGGUAGAUGGAUCACUAAUUGGAAUCCUAAAUUAUCGAAAACUAUGUGAAUUACCUUAUUU